GCAGGAUUAUCCCUCUCCCUCCCUCCUUCCUAGGCUCCAUUUUAUUCCCUCUCCAGCCAAGGGGGGAGGCAGGAAGGGGCGUCACGUCCAGGCAGAGGAACCCCCAUCUCCCCGUCUCCUGCCUUUGAUGCUCUCUAACAGUCCCUCCUCCUUCCCCUUAUCAUAUGCUCACCUGAGCGUCAACAGCACCGGGCGGAUCGGGGAGCCCGGUUCCUGAAGGAAAUUUGGCUUUUGUUCUCCUCAGAUGCCCGACCCUCUGUUUCAAAUGCCCUCCAAGUAGCUGGGAGAGGGAAGCUGUGCCACCCCCGAGUAGGGGCAAGAUAUCUCUUUUUUGCCAUGUCAGCUGACAGCCGCCAGCUCCACACUCAUUCCUACCAGGAGGCACUAAGUUCUACUUGUCACGGUCUCUUGAAUGUCCACAGUCACCCCCUGUCGAAGAGCUCGUCAAAUCUGGCCUAUACUGGGCAAUCAACUGUAGAGGAAAGGCAAAGCAACAAACAGGAGCUGAAGAAAAGCCACAGUAGCACCAUCUGCCAUACCCUGGGAAACGAGAGCGAUGCCAGGAGCGUGCCGAGUCCUGGAUGGUCCUUCUCGCAGUCUGGGAUGAUGGGACUUGGGUCAGUGGUCCAAACCAUAAGCAAUCAGUCAGCUGAUGACAAUUCAGAGAGCAGAACUAAGACUACAAACCAUUUUCUUAUCACCGAACAGUCCCCAGCAACCUGGGAAGUGGGGGACACCAAGAUGUGUGUAAAGAGCAGCACUGUUGAGAACGUUUCUUCAGGCUGCAUUGUACACCAGCAAAGCAUGCGUGAAAUGGAAGAACCAGGACCUGCCCUUCAGAGAAGCCACUCAGACCUAACCUGCACUUGCAAACAGCAGACUUAUGUCACUCUUGCAGAAACCAGUGCUACUCACUCCAGCCUAAGCUCUUCUAGCUGCAGGCAUGGUCUGCCAGUGGCUAGGAUGUCUUUCCAAACACAGAGAUAUGGGUCAGAAACAAAUGAAAAUGCAUCUCACUAUCAACACCUUGUGACUCGUCUUCCAGUUCUACCUCGAGACCAAAACGUACCCACAAAUAGCUUCGACAGCAGUGGUAUUCCGCGUAAUAGUACUGUUUACACAGAUCCCAGAACAUUUCACACUGCUGUUCUAGGACCCCAGAUGCCUGGAAAUGGCUUCUCAAACAGGACAAUGUUCAGUCAAGCCACUGGGAUUAUUCAUGGUGGUCUGACUUACGGUAAUAUCCCAAACUCUGCAUACUCGCCUGUGGUGAUGACAGUUCAUAACAAUUCUGCAGGGCCCUGUAAUAUAAGGCAGGACCCUUGUGUGAAAGUAGAUGCCACUGUCCCUGCCUAUUGCCAUUCUUUGCCCAUACCAUCUAUACAACUUGUUCCGCGGCUGGUAUGCUCAGUUAGCGAGUCGGGAGAAGAGCAGGCGGCACCUGGCUAUUUUCAUUCCUUUUCUACUUCAGACAUUCUGACAUAUCCUAAGCUGGUGUCUUCAGUAAGUGAAUCAGGCCUGGAUGCCAAGAAAGUCCUCAAGUGCUGUAGCAUUCCCGCAGAACAACUGCAACGUGCUCAACACUGUGCUCAGCAGGAGAGAGCUCCCCCAGAAACAAAGGCUGCCUGUGUUGCCUUGAGUAGCCAGCAAGGUGCAGACGUGGUAAUGACAACUAAGGAUAUGUGGACUAUGACCUCUAUGAAUGAUUUAACCAAAGGACUGAAACCAGCUCUUGAGCGUAGAGAUGCUGAGGUACAAACUCUUCCAACCGUGGAAUGCAAAUCUGUGGCAACCAGCCCCGCGGCUGCAGCAGAAGGCCACUCGCAUGUGUUCCCAGAGGUGAACCUGGAGCAAGACUUGGAGGCCCCCAAAUCUCCGGUACGUGAAGUGAGAUGGGAUGACGAAGGAAUGACAUGGGAAGUGUAUGGGGCAUCUGUGGAUCCAGAAGUCCUUGGGUUAGCCAUUCAAAAACAUCUUGAGAUUCAAAUAGAACAAUUCCAGACGGAGCCUGCUCAGCCAGCGGGGAAAAGUAAUGAGGAGCCAUCUUCUGAGAAAAUGGGGAAAAAAAGGCCAUUCAGAACAAUGAUGCAUUCCCUGAGAUACCCGAGCUGCUGUGCUCGAUCCAGUACUGCAGUGGAGUGAGCACAGCUGGGCUGCUUUCACAGUGUAAAUAAACGCUGACUCUGUGUUUCCACAGUACGUGUGGCCAAUCCACUUCUGGGUAGGUGGGAAAAGUUCAGUGACCACCAAACACACAUCAAAGCAAGGAAAAACCCCUGGCUGAGCUGUAUAACAGAGGACAUAAUGUCGUACUUACAUCAUGCCAUCUGAAUUAUCUGAAUUAUCGUCUGAAUACUUAACAUAGCACUGUUUCAUUCUUCUAUGUUAGUUUUAAAUCAUGCUGUGAGGAAUGAGACUUCUUUUCUAAAUGAUGCAUCUUUUUAAAACAAUGAUGACUUUUUUUUCUGUAUUUUUAAUAACUUAGGGUUAGAAAACAAAGUUAGCAAAUGACGCUUUAAUCAAAGUUUUUAGCUUUCAAUCCUACUCCCUUAAAUUGUUUUGGGAGCUACUUUGCUGUUUAUUUAUGAUAAUGCUGACUAUAAACCCACUUUAACGGUAGGCAAAAUGACAAACUAGUGUAAUGCUAUGUGACAAAGAAUUGUAACUUUUGCUACUGUGAAGUAAUUUUGAUACUGCUAGUCCAAACUCUUCCCUUUGCAAGCUGAUGUACAGUCGGAGGAUGCUCCUGCAACUUUCAGAUUAGUGUGUAGUUAUGAUGAAUUACACUCUAAAUAUCCCAAACUGAUGUUUACCAAGUGAUUGACACAAAUGUACAGUACUACCAAAGAUGGCUCCUGUAAUGUGAAUUACUUAUUGAAUGCUUGUU